GAGCAGUGAUAUAUUUUAUUUUGUCACGGUUCAACAGAUUAUAUUUUGACCGUCAAGCUGCAGAUAAUCCCUCACUGCUCGACUUAUCUACUGUUUGUCUCGUGAAUAUUAUUAUAUACUUCAAGUGCUACUCAACAAUUUUUGUGUUUCCUUUUUUUUUAUUUUUAAAUUUAAAGUAAAAACAAUUAAUUUAUAAAAUAUCAAACAUCAAAAUAUAUAUGUGUGAUUUUCCAAAACAAAAAAAAAACAAUUUGUAUAUUAAUUUUUUUCUCAAAGAAAUAUUAAAUUUUUUUCAAAUAUUCAAAAUGCAAUCUCCAGUAAAAAAAGAACGUAAAAAAAAUCCAAAAGAAAAAGCCAAUAUAUUUUCCAGUCUAACAUAUUUAUGGGUAUUCGAUAUUUUCUGGACUGGUUAUAAAAGAGACUUGGAGAUUGAUGAUCUUCCAGAGGCCUUGAAAGAACAUAAAAGUAAUUAUUUAGGUGAAAAAUUAUCAGCAUCAUGGGAAAAAGAAUUACGACAAGUUAAAAAUAAUAAUUCAAAACCAAAUUUAUUUAAAGUAUUAUGGAAUGUAUUUGGUUUGGAAUUUAUAUCACUUGGAAUUUUUUUUUCUGCAUCAUUAAUUAUUAUCAGAACUACUCAGCCACUUGCACUUGCUGAAUUUGUCAAGUAUUUUUCAAUCAAGGAAAAUUCAGGAAGUGGUGUCAAUAAAAAUGAUGCUUACAUGUACGCUGGUGGUGUUAUAAUAUGUACCUUAAUGAAUACAUUUGCGUUGCGUGGAUUUAUCAUGAUAAUGAAUCACUUAGGAAUGAAAAUAAGAGUUGCUUGUUGUUCAUUGAUAUACAGAAAGGUAUUGAGAUUGUCACCAGCAAGUAUGGAUGGUAAAAUAAUUGGACAAUCAGUAAAUCUAAUGUCAAAUGAUGUCAGUAGAUUUGAUGCUUACAUUAUGUAUCUUCAUUUUAUAUGGAUGGGUCCACUGCAAACAAUAAUUGUCAGUUAUUUUAUUUAUCGUGAAACUGGUUGGUCUGGUAUUAUUGGAGUUGUUUGCUUUCUCAUAGCCAUUCCUUUGAUCAGUUGGAUAGGUAAAAAAUCAACAAGUUAUCGUCGUAAAAGUGCUGAAAAAACUGAUGAACGUGUUAGAUUGACAAAUGCCAUUAUCAAUGGUAUUGAAGCUAUUAAAAUGUACAGUUGGGAAUAUCCAUUUAGUAAUUUAAUUAAAAAUUCACGAGAUACUGAAAUUAAAGCAAUACAAUCAGCAUAUAAUCUUCGAGUUAUCAUACUAUCUUUGGCUCAAUUUUUGUCAAAAGUUAUAGGAUUUAUCACGAUACUAUGUAUUAUUUUCAUUGAAUUUGAUGAUGUACGAGAUAAAAAUAAACUAACAGCUGCAAAAGUUUUCAUGCUUAUUGCUUAUUUCGAAAUGAUUCGUCCGGUAAUGUUAGUCAGUUUUCCAAAAGGCAUUUUAUUACUUGCUGAAAUAAUAGCAUCAAUAAAACGUAUUCAAGAUUUUAUGAUGUAUGAAGAAAUUGAUAUUGCCACUCAGCUUAGACCUUUAAAAAGUUUGUCAAAUAAAAAUAUCAAAGAAUUUAAUAGUAAAAAAAUAGAUGGGUGUUAUUUUAAUAUAAAUGAAGGUUCAAUUAAAAUUGAGAAUGUAUAUGCAAAAUGGAUAAAAGAAGACACUUUGAGUGGUAUAAAUAUGCAAGUCGAUCCAGGUCAAUUGGUGGCUAUUGUAGGACCAAUUGGUUCUGGUAAAUCAAGUUUAUUAAAUGUUAUAUUAAAAGAGCUGGCUGUCUAUCAGGGAAGUGUUGAUGUCCAGGGUAAUAUUGCAUAUGCAUGUCAAGAGCCAUGGUUGUUUGCUGGUUCAGUGAGAAAUAAUAUUCUCUUUGGUCGAGCAUUUGAUCAAAAAAGAUAUGAACGAGUUGUCAAAGUGUGCCAGCUAAAACGAGACUAUCAAUUGUUUCCCUAUGGUGAUAAAACAAUUGUUGGUGAUCGAGGAGUAAGUUUGUCUGGUGGACAACGAGCCAGAAUAAAUCUUGCACGUGCUGUUUAUGCUGAUGCUCCAAUUUAUUUGUUUGAUGAUCCACUGAGUGCUGUUGAUGCUCAUGUUGGCAAACACAUGUUUGAAGAAUGCAUUGAAAAAUAUCUCAAGGGUAAGACGAGAAUCCUUGUGACUCAUCAGAUACAAUUCUUACGAAAUGUUGAUAAAAUUAUUGUUAUGAAGGAAGGAAAAAUUGAGGCCAAAGGAAGUUAUGAUGAUUUGAUUUCAAGAGGAAUUGACUUUGGAACACUCUCAACUCCUUUAUCACUUGAAAGUGGCAAAAAAUCUUUGGCAUUGAGUCAGACGAGUUUAUUACAAUACUCAAGUUCCAGUUCGUUGAACUUGGAAUCAUCAACACCCGAAGAUAAUAAUACAAUAAAUGACAAUGAAAAAGUGCCUGUUGUAGUUGAAGAAAACCAAAAUAGAAGACGUAUGGAAGCUAAAAGAUACUUAGCAUAUUUUGGUGCUGCUGGUAGUUCUUGUUUAGUUUGUUUAACAUUUUUGUUGCUUGUCCUUGCACAAAUUUUCCUUUCAGGUGGUGAUUGGUUCAUUGCUUAUUGGAUUAAAAUUGAAGAAAAAUAUCCAAAUUCAACACUGACAGAGUCUGAAAAAUCAGAGAGAAGUUUGUCAACAUUUGAUUGUAUUAAUAUACUCACAAUUAUUACUGUAUCAAUGAUAGUACUAAUUUUUGCUGGGUCAUUUGUAUUCAUCUCAGUUUGUAUGAGGUCAUCGAGAAGACUUCAUAAUCGAAUUUUUAAAAGCAUAACUCAUGCGACGAUGAGAUUUUUCAAUACGAAUCCAUCUGGUAGAAUUUUAAAUUGUUUUUCUAAAGAUUUGGGAACUGUUGAUGAGUUGUUACCCGUUAGCAUGCUGGAGUGUAUCCAAAACAUUGUCAAAGUAAUUGGAAUUCUUAUUUUGCUAUCAAUGAAAAAUAUUUCCCUUGUGGUUCCUGCCAUAUUUAUUGCAUUAAUCACAUCUUUAAUGAGAUCAUUUUACCUACGCACAUUAAGAAGCAUUAAAAAACUAGAAGGAAUUACAAAAUCACCAGUAUUCAAUCAUUUAAGUGCAACUUAUCAAGGUCUCGCUACAAUAAGAUCGUCCAAUAGUCAAAAAAUUUUAAUUCAAGAGUUUGACAAUCAUCAAGAUCUUCACUCUUCAGCGUGGUACAUGUACAUUGCAACUUCAUCAGCAUUUGUUUCUUGGCUCGACAUGUUUUGUUCAAUUUACGUUUGCAUUGUCACUAUGAGUUUAUUAUUAUUUGAUGACAAUGAAAAAGUUUCUGGAAGCAAUAUUGGUCUUAUUAUCACACAGACUAUAAUUCUUACUGGAAUGUUCCAGUUUAUAAUGAGCCAGCUUACCAUCCUUGAAAAUAACAUGACAUCAGUAGAAAGAGUGUGCGAAUAUACAAAUCUUGAAAGUGAACCACCACUUGAAAGUUUACCUGAUAAAAAACCAAAAGAAGAAUGGCCAGAGAGUGGUAAUAUUAAAUUUAAAAAUGUCAACAUGUCGUAUGAUCCCGAUGAAGCUCCAGUAUUAAAAAAUCUCAAUUUUACAAUUGGUGCAAAAGAAAAAGUAGGAAUUGUCGGAAGAACUGGUGCUGGUAAAUCAUCAUUAAUAUCAGCAUUAUUUAGACUGGCAUAUAUUGAUGGUAAAAUUGAAAUUGACGGAAUUGAUACUGGUGAAAUUGGUCUACAUGAUUUACGAUCAAAAAUAUCAAUUAUUCCACAAGAACCAUUUUUAUUUACUGGUACAUUGAGAAGAAAUUUAGAUCCAUUUGAUUCCAGCAGUGAUCAUACACUAUGGUCAGCCUUGGAAGAUGUUGAAUUGAAAGAAAUGUUUUUGAAUGAUCACGUUAGUGAGGGAGGCAGUAAUUUGAGUGUUGGACAACGACAACUUGUCUGUCUUGCCCGAGCAAUCAUCAGGAAUAAUAGAGUAUUAAUAUUGGAUGAAGCAACUGCCAAUGUUGAUCCAAGAACAGAUGAACUUAUACAAAAAACAAUUCGUAGAAAAUUUGCAGAUUGCACUGUACUUACAAUUGCUCAUCGACUCAAUACUGUCAUGGACAGUGAUAAAAUACUCGUGAUGGAUGCUGGAACAGUUGUUGAGUUUGAUCAUCCACAUGUGCUUCUUCAAAACCCUGAUGGUGCACUUAGUAGUAUGUUGAAAAACAGUGGUAAUGACAUGGCCACUGCAUUUAGAACUAAAAUUACAUUAAAUUAAUUUAUCUUCUUGGUGAAUCAAUUUGUUGACUAAAUUUUAAGCCAUCAAAUUAGAAAACAAUCUUCAAAUGAUAUUCAAAUUAUAUUUAUAUUUUCUAAAUAAAACACAGCAUUAUUUUUGUUCAGGCUAAAAAAUAAAUUCAACAUGUCGCAAUUAAAAAGAAACAUUAAUAUUUAUUACAACUAAUAAUCAAAGUGAAAAACUUACUACUAUAAACAAUAUUUUUUUACACAAAUGUCAUUUAUCAAGUUAACAAUAAAGAACAUAAUAAAAUUAAAAAAAAAAAAACGUGAAAUUUUAAGUUUUCACAAUAUUCUCAAUUAAUUUUGAUAACAUACAAUCAAUUGUGUUGAUUUAUAUUUUAUUAAUUCAUUUAAAUUCUCCGAUUAUUAUUAUUUUAUAUUUUCAUUAUGUUUGUUUUUUAUUUUUUAUUUUGUCAUCAGAUCUAGCAGCAGUAAAAUGAUAUUUUAUCGCAUUCUUAUUUUAUUUUUUUUCUGAUAAGUAGCUUCCUAUUAUUAUCUUUGACACCACGUCAUUCAAAUGCAAAUAAAUUUUCAUUAAAUUUUUUUUAUUUAUGAAUCACAAAGUUUUUCAAUGCCUCCAACAAUCAUUUACUAAUAUUUUUAUUAAAGUUUACGUAU